AUAAAAAUAGACUUACGGUGACUGAAAUGUAAAUAUAAUAAAACAUAGACAUUUAGCUUUACAUAGCUUAAAUUAUUGAAAUUAAUAUUAUUAUUGAACACAGUAUGUUGUGUGUUGUCUAGUGAUAAUUCUCGUGCCUUAUUAAUUUAUUUUAGGUGAUAUAAAAGAAGCUUUGUAGAUUUUGCCGAUCUUAAAGCCCCCAUAAUGGAGGGUCUUUAUAAAAUUAAUUUGAUACCCAACGACCUUAGCGUCGAAGAAACCGUGUUACAAAUAGCCGAUACAUUAGACAAUCUGAAUGGGAUAGUUGACGAUGUUUUUAAACGUAUAUCAAAUAAAAUUAAAAUCAACGUUGAAAAGACGUCGAAACUUCAGGAGAGAAUCAAUAUAUCCAGGACAAAAGUUGAAAAACUUGCCGGGACACAGAAGGCGAUCAAAGUAUUUUCAAGCGCUAAAUACCCGUCGUCUAUAACACACGAACAUUAUAAAUCCAUUUUCGAAUCAAACGAUUAUAAUUAUGAACCCAAAAACGUUAUACCAACCGGAAAAUCCAACAGACAGACAAACGAAAAAGCCAUCCAGGAGAAACUUCAUUUCUUCCACGUGAAAGUCGCUGAACCUAAAAAUAACAAAACCAGGAAUGAUUUCGAUCUGAAUACGGUUUUGAAUUCAAUAACAUCAAUCGGAGAUCUCCUUAUAUACAAGAGCGACGAGAGCCCGUACUUUGGUAGUAAAACUAAAGGGCAGACUUACGUGCCCAAAGUAAACACGACCGUAGAUAAGGGCUCGUUGGACGAAGCACCACCCUCUAUUGUGAAAAAGAAUCUGUUGAAGCGAGAAAUCGACGAGUACAUGUACGCUCCAGGAAUGGGCUUGGUGCCAGAAUUGGACAUGCCCCUGGAUCUUCCGCAUCUUCCCGGUAUAGCUGGGGACGUUCAGUAUUCCGUUACUGGGGAUGGGUCCAUAGCGCCAUCAGCUGUAACAUCACCCGUCGCCAUCACAAACCCCAUAACAGAAUCCGUGCUAGAUCUUCCGGAUUUACAAAUACUCCCAGACUUGCCGGUUACCUCGGAUACUCAAUAUGUACCUGAACUUGUAAAUCCUCCUGUUAAAGACGUUCAGGACACGCUCGACGCUCCGAAAAUCAGAGUCGAGGAGCCUCCAGCGUUACCUUCGACCCCCCCUCCGCCUCCCCCGCCCCCGCCGCCACCACCCCCGCCGCCGAUGGAGAUCACACAAACGCCAAAAAGACGAGAGCAGCGUGAAGCUAGUGCUGCUGCCCCGCCUCCGCCCGUGGAUGCCCACGCGAACCUGAUGGCGGCCAUCCGGCAGGCUGGCGGCGUCGGACGGGCGAAGCUGCGGCACGCUGACGACAUAACAACAGAAAAGGCGAGCAAACCUGUCGGUGGCGAUCUGAUGGCUGAUCUUCACGCCAAGCUGUCGAUGCGUCGUCGUGGCAUAUCGGGUGCUGAGGGUACCGUGCUUCAUACGCUGGCGAGGGUUAUACCGGAACCGGGGGAAACUACCGAGAGGUCCUCCAGCGACGACGAAUGGGAUUAAAGCAUUGUACACACCAGCGAUGCAACGAUAAGGCUGUAUUCACAUUGAAGUGUAAGCUGGUGAAUCUAUAGGAUUAAAAAUUUUAUUCAAUGUAUUAUACUAAUAUAUUUCAUAGUAGGUAUAUCAUCUAGCUCACAUUUCACGUGCAAAGCGCCGUACACUGAAGUUACAUCAAGCAACUGUAUUUAAUUAUUGUGAAUUAAGCACUAUCCUGUGUGUGUGUGUUUUUUUUUUCAAAUGUACAUAAUGCAACAAUUUCGAGAUUCUUCCAAAGAUUGUAACCAGUUUUUUUUUUCGCGUAUCUUAAUCGUUCCGACUUCUCGGAAGCUCUUAAUGUUACUAGAAAUUAUAUCCAAUCAAAAUUUAAAUUAAUUAAAAAAAAAAUACACGCUAAUAUAUAAAUAUGAAGUUCUCUGAUAAUGUAUAUAAUCGUAAACAUUGUUGUAAUAAUACAUCAGAGGAUCAAAAAUGGGUGUAGUUCCGGGAGUUUAUUACGAUAAUCGCAUUUCUCGCAAGCGGGCACCGUCUCGCUUUCGUUUCGUGGAAGGUGCCCGACGCGAACUAUCAACUGGUUCGGGUGAUUAGCAUUUCCAGAACUGGCGGGAAAAAAAUAUAUCGUACACCUUACGGCAUGCGACAUGAUCGUGUUACAGGCUGGCCGCUCUGUUGUUUAAAAGCUCUGCUGAAAUUAUUCGAUGUAUUGUGAGAUCGGACUGAUAGAAAAAUGUUGAGCUUCCGUGUGACGUAGUCCGAGCCCCUCGGCGUGGUGCUAUGAGUUUAGAUUUGUUUUAAAUUGGUGAAGAGCUUUUACGGUUUAUAAAAAGUUUUAUGUAAUAUAUAAUCGCUAAUUAUGUUAUAUGAUAUCGUUAAGUUCAACGAGAGUCGCUGGUGCUAUCGUAGGAUGUUAUCGAGGAACUGAUUGUUAUGGCACUGAGGGUAGUUUGUUAAGCGUGGCGUGUGUUAAAAAAAUAUACAAUUAAAAUUUCAAAAAUUUUAAUAGUUAAAACUUAAAACUACUCGUGCGAAGUUUGAAUAAUAUAUAUUACGGUUUCUUUGUUGAUGAAUUUAUGAGGAGAUAACAUCGAAAUGAUCAAAAUAUUUUGCUCUCAUAUAACAUAUGAGUUAGUAAAUCACAACAUUACGUGACGUGUGUUAAGAAUAAUAACAUUUCUUAAACUCACCGCGGAGUUCGUAUCGUGUGUGUAUUCAGCACGCGCUCACAACAGUUAGUUAUAGGAACUAGUCGCGCUAAGCUUAAAACAAAAGAUAAUCCUUGCUAUAACAUGGAUACGUCCAGAGCAUUUUAUAUAUAAACUCUAAUGCUGGUGGAACUUCGUUAAGUGAUCUUUGUUUAUGGAAACAAAAAAAUAAAAUAAACACUGCUUCUACUGUUCAUGCAUGUUUAAGACGAGCACAAAGCCGUUCUUGCCUGGCGUAAAUUAGUAAAAAAAAAAAAUAGAUUCAAUGUUAUGUCAAAUUACAUUUGAAAAUAAGCAAAUUAAAAAAAUUAGAUGAUUUAUGGUCCCUCGCCCUAACAUUGUUUUUGUGUUACGCGUCCGCACGCACCGCGGUCGAAGCUUUUAUAAUAUUACAGCAGAUGUUUAAUUUGCCAUCGUACUGUAAGCUGUAGCCUUUAAUAUGAAUCUGAUAUAAAUUUAAUCUAGGCUAACAAUAGAUAUAUCGGCAUCUUUUAAGAUUAUUUUAAUUAUUAUCAUGUAAAUAUUAGUGGUCGUAUAAUUAAUUGUAUAAAUUUUUUUUUUACUUUAUUAUAUUAUUUAGAAUACUUGCCUCGUAUACAGAUUAAGUUUUGGGACUGAUUGAUUUAUAUCUACAUAACUAUAUAUAUUUUUUAAUCUGCAUUUUAAUAGUCAAUGUCGAUGCGAUGAGAUUUUUUUUUUUACUUUAGGGUACAAAAUAGUCAGUUAUUAUUAAGAUGGAUUAGUGAUUUCUAUGAAAUAUAUAAUAAUGAGAGAUCAAUUUAUAAUGGGAUUAUUUUAUUAAUGUGGUUUAAUGAACAGCACUAAUCCGUCGCAUAGUUUCUGAACGUUUGUAAAUAAUGGUGCCUAUUUUACAAUGUUUAUCUAUUAUAAUCUAUGUAAAGUGUCUACAUCGUUUGUUGUAUGGAUGUAUUUUCAUUGUUACAAUAUCUGGUUGUAAGUCAAUAAAUGAAAUUAAUUAAA